AUGACUGAGACUGCUGUAGAAACUGUAGAUGUUCAUCCGAUCACAUUUCCUCCGCCAGUCUUUGCUCGUAUUUCACCUGAAUUAUCGCUACAAAGACAUCUUUCUUUGGGAAUAAGGCCAUCGUUACGAUCAUUUGAAGAAUUCCGUGAGGUGAAUAUUAAUGAAGGAACACUCUCUAGGUUCGGUCCGAACGGUGUCGCAGUCGAGGAAACUGGCAACAACGUGUUGGGCUCUAAUGUGCUCAAAUGUGGGAAUACCUUUGUAGUAACAUCUAUUACUGGGGGUAUAGUAGAGAUAAACAUACCGGUUGAUGAAGAAGAUAUAGGCGAAAAAGAGCUUAUGGAAAUUAGUGAGAAGAGGGACUAUGUGAAUAAGUGUGCUUCGGUAUUUCCACAGAUUGAAGUAGAAAGAGGUAGGACCGGCGCACCAACAGAUGAAGAAAUGACGAUAUCUCAAAAGCUUUAUGACAAUGUGCUGCAUUCAGGGCUAAUAUCAAAGUCUGCAUUAGAUGUGGACUGCGGAAUUCGUAUAACAGAUAGCACAGGGAAAACAAAGAUUGUUUAUUUCGAUGAAACGAAGGAUGGCGAUAUGUCGCAAUUCAGGCCUAAGAGAAAGUGGGCAUAUGUUCUCUACGCCAAAAUUGUUGUUUUCAGCCGAACUGGUCCUGUCUUCGAUAUGUGCUGGAAUUCGCUUGUUUAUGCCUUAAAGGAUACAAAACUGCCUAGAGUAUUCAUUGAUGAAAGGGCCACCGAUUUAAAAAUGACGGUCAGAACAAGAGGUAGAAGCGCAGUAGUGAGAGAGAGUUAUGAUAUUCUAUUCGAUAGUAAAAAGGCAGUUCCUCUGAAGAUUAAUGAGUUUCAGAUUGGCUUCGCAUCUAAUUAUGGUAUAAUAGAUCUAGACCCUGAAGCUCAGGUUGUUCGUAAUGACGAAGGGCACGAUGUUGACGAAGAAAUGGAUAAGCCAAGGGCAAUACUACUUGCAGAUAUAGAUUCAGAGGCCGAAGAAACGAGCAUAAACUCUACCAUUUCAGUAAUCGGAGAUUCAAGCGGAAAAUUGACGAAUGUUACUAUUGUCGGUGGCGGAUCUAAGAUUACACUAGAGAUGAUUAAAAGAGCACUAGCUCUCUCAAAGGCAAGAUACGACGAUUUGAAGACAAAAUCAUAA